GGCGGGGCGGGGCGGUGCGGUAGAGAGGCGCUAACUGUUUUGGAUCUGCGUUCAAAAAUUAGACAAACAUCUAAUGGAAUUGGUCUUGUUUGUCGGGCCGGAAUGCAACCAACAGAAACGAACACAGCGAUAAUUUCCUAACGAUUCUUAACUAUGCUGCGCGACCUGCAAUCAUUUCCCCUGGUUGCUUCGAGCAGUUUCUCGCUACAGACAUCUCUUGAUCUACUCUUACACAUUAACAUGGCCAUUUGGAUAGCAUGUGAUUCCAUUAAACCAUUGACAAAUCCCAAAAGCUAAAGCUUCAAGCAGCACCCGCCACCUUCUCCUCCGACUCCUCACACACUGAUGAAACCUCUUAAGAAAAAAAAAAAAAGUGAAAUUCCAGCAGACGGUCUAGCGAGACUGAUUGGCGCAACGAAGCAGACAAUUGCCAAAGCACAAAGCACAAUUUGUCGCCACUCCAAUGCAAGUAAUCCCCCAAAAAGGCAUUAUUAUAAAGUCGAUGACAUCGCUGCCUUGCGAGCUUAGUCAUAAUGUGGCCCACCAAACGAAAGGUUCAGCCAGCAUUGAGCCUUUGGCUUAGUCUGCUCUCAGUGGCUCUGGCAGAGCAGGCAAGCAGCCCGCCUGAUCCAGCCAGCAAUAGCAUAGACUCGGACAGCUCGGCAUCAGGCAAAAGUUUCGCCACCCCGGAAGAGUUCUACAGAGGUGGCGGCGACCACUCAGCCGAGUCACAGGCUGCUUCAGGUCUGCACCCAUCGUUGGGCAGGUUGGGUGAGAGCCUCAGCGAGGCGUACAGCAAGUGGCGCCAGGGAGCUGCAGCCGGUGCGCAGAAGCGCAUUAUUGUGGGCCACUAUGGAGGCGGUGUAGCAUCGCAUGGACAGAACCACGUUAGCUUUGAGAGCAAUACCCAUAAUAGCCAUCCAUAUCCCUACGAGUACAACCCGCACGGCCAUGGGGGCUCCAAUUAUGGCAGCUCAAGUGGCGAAGCUGGUGGCAUACCAUUCGACGUUUAUGGAUCGCGCCAUGGCGCUGGCUUGGGCCAUCCGCAUUAUGCGCCUGCUGGCCCAGAGUAUGCCUAUCACUAUCCUGUGGAGGCACAUGAUAUAGCCGCGCACAAGGGCCAGGGGCAUACCGAUGUCUCGUCGAAAGCCCUGCUGGCCAAGAGUUUCCUAAUACCGCUGGCAAGUGCAGCUGUGCUGGGCAUUGCCGCCGCAUUGGUAAGCAAUCCGCUGCUGCUGCAAUUGGGCACUGUCUCCGGACUGGGACAGGCGAUAGUUGGCAAACGCAAGCGACGUUCUGUUAGAGCGCCGUAUCGAGCAUAUGACAAAUGGUAAACAGAAAUGCGGGCUAAAGGGUAACUCAUUAAAUUCAUUCAAUAAAUAUGCCAUUCAU